AUGAGCUUCAUCCGGAAAAGGGGCUUUUACAAGCAAGAAGUGAACAAGACUGCCUGGGAGCUGCCCAAGACCUACGUGACCCUGACCCACGUGGGCAGCGGGGCCUACGGUGCAGUGUGCUCAGCCAUUGAUAAGAAGUCAGGAGAGAAGGUGGCAAUCAAGAAACUGAGCCGACCCUUCCAGUCAGAGAUCUUUGCCAAGAGGGCCUAUCGUGAGCUGAUGCUAUUGAAACACAUGCAUCAUGAGAAUGUUAUUGGACUAUUGGACGUCUUUACUUCGGCUACUUCCCUGCACAACUUCCAUGAUUUUUAUCUGGUGAUGCCAUUCAUGCAGACGGAUCUCCAGAAGAUCAUGGGCAUGGAAUUCACUGAGGAUAAGAUCCAGUACCUUGUCUAUCAGAUACUGAAAGGGCUCAAGUAUAUCCACUCUGCUGGGGUCAUCCACAGGGACUUGAAACCAGGAAACCUGGCUGUGAAUGAGGACUGUGAACUGAAGAUCCUAGAUUUUGGAUUGGCCAGGCAUGCAGAUGCUGAGAUGACAGGCUAUGUGGUGACUCGUUGGUACCGGGCCCCAGAAGUGAUUCUCAGCUGGAUGCACUAUAAUCAGACAGUGGACAUCUGGUCUGUCGGCUGUAUCAUGGCAGAGAUGCUGACUGGGAAAACUCUGUUCAAGGGGAAAGACUACUUGGACCAACUGACCCAGAUCCUGAAGGUGACUGGGGUUCCUGGAGCGGACUUUGUACAGAAAUUACAGGACAAAGCGGCCAAAUCCUAUAUCCAGUCCUUGCCUCAGAGUCCCAAGAAGGAUUUCUCACAACUUUUCCCUCGUGCUAGCCCCCAGGCGGCAGACCUGUUGGAGAAGGUGCUUGAACUAGAUGUGGACAAGCGAUUGACAGCUGCACAGGCUCUCGCCCACCCCUUCUUUGACCAGUUCCGGGAUCCAGAGGAGGAGACAGUAGCCCAGCAGCCAUUUGAUGACUCCAUGGAACAUGAGAAGCUCACAGUAGAUGAAUGGAAGAGUCACAUCUAUAAGGAGGUUUCAAACUUUAGCCCUAUAGCCCGGAAGGAUUCCAAGAGAAGGAGUCUUAUGAAACUACAAUGACCUUUCCAGAUCACCCUGGGUUGAGUGAAUGCUUGCAGGACAAGAUGACACCAC